AUGAUAGAGGUGUUACCAUAUACAAUCUUGCUUAAAGUCAAGGAAACUAUUGAACAGUGUGUGAAAGAUUCAAACAGUAAGGCCAAAAAUGUUGCAGGUUCUACUACAGAUGAACACAAGUUAUACCAUAGACUGACCGCCUUAUUAGCAUUUUACAAAAAAAAAAUUAUUCGUCGCUAUGGUUAUGAAGAUCCCAUCUUAACAGAAGGUCUGUUACCCAGAAUACCGGGUAGCACAAGACGAAUCCCAACUAUUCCAGAGUAUAAACCAAAGGAUAGGUGGCACGAGAAACGAGCUCUCUUUGGUCAAAAUGACUAUAUAGAUAUCCUUGGUGAUGGCAGCAUUCAUCCCACUAAACUGUUGAUUAACGUGCCAAGCUGGCUUCGUGGUUUUCAAGGUAAUGAAUAUCAAAUGCUUCUAAGAAAGAGGAGAGCAUUUUCACACUGGAAGUUUGCCCGACCAACUAAAUGGCAUGACCUCAAUAAGCGAAUUAUGUACUUGUACAAGUUUUUGAAUAGGAAAACUAAGACAUGAUCUGUUGAUAGUAAAUUUGUAAGAAAUAUAAAAUAACUUUAGUUUUAUUUUCAGAAAUAAAGCACACAAUUUUGUUUUGAGAGUUCAUAUGCAAAUAAAAUAGUGGAGAUUCUUUAAAGAUUUGAUAUGUUUCGAAGAAAAAGUUAUCUCAUACAAAUUAGAGGUAAUGAAAUAAACAAGUAGAAACUAUAGAUAUGUCAUGUAGUUUACCAUUUGAAUUGUUUUUGGAAUAAACAUAUGAAAACAUGA